AUGCACUUCACUCCUCUCCUCGCCCUCGCUUCCAGCGCUGCUCUGAUCGUGGCUGCUCCCACACCCGUCAGCAUCGGCGUCGACGACGUUAUCCUUCACGGCAAUGGACGUUUCACCGUGAUGAAGAGAUCCGACUUUGAAGAGCUGGACGCUGCGCGCAAGUCCGGCGUGGUACCUCCCAAGCCCGCCUACCUCGACGAGAACCAUUACUCCGGAAACGAGACCGUCUCGCCAGCCAACAAGCACUUGAAGCGGGCUACCAGCAUCAUCAUCCCUAACCCCAACUCUCGUUUCCUCGGUUGGGAUGUGCAGAUGAGUCAGGUGACCAAGGGUGCACCGACUACCAUCAGCGUCGCCUCGGGUUUCUCCGUCAGCAACACCAUUUCGGUUGGCAUGAGCAGCACUUUGACGCUAGUCAAGGACUUCCUUCAGGUCUCCAUGUCGGUUGACUAUAGCCAGUCAUGGCAGACGACGCAGACGCAGACUAUCACAGCCGAGGUCCCCAAGGACAAGUACGGCGCUUUUGUUAGCAACCCCUGGACCAACCGUGCAAGUGGAAACGUUUGGACUGGUAGCAUCGGCGGUGACGGAGAGCUCUCCUACUACCAGGCUGAUUCGUUUAACUCUAAGCAAUACGACAACAUGGAGUGGGUCGAUGGUGUCAUCAGCCUUUGCACGGGCGACGAAUUCCCUCUCAAGAGGUGCUUGGGCGAGGGCACCUUGUAA